GAGCGAGAACAGAUAAUGACAACCAACUUGUGGCUGUGUCAGGAGUGGAACGACUAUAGGCUGAGAUGGGACCCCGAAAAGUAUGAAGGCAUCAAGAAACUACGAAUACCAUCCAAACACAUCUGGCUACCUGAUAUAGUGCUCUACAACAAUGCUGAUGGCGUGUACGAGGUUUCCUUCUAUUGCAAUGCUGUGGUCUCCAACACAGGAGACAUCUUCUGGCUUCCCCCGGCUAUCUACAAGUCGGCCUGCGCCAUCGAGGUGCAGAACUUCCCCUUCGACCAGCAGAACUGCACUCUCAAGUUCCGCUCCUGGACCUACGACCACACAGAAGUUGAUCUCAUCCUCACGAGCGACUUUGCCAGCCGUGAUGACUUCACGCCAAGCGGAGAGUGGGACAUCGUCUCGCUCCCAGCUCGCAAAAAUGAGGACCCCAAUGACAUCACCUACCUGGAUAUCACCUAUGAUUUUGUGAUCCAGAGGAAGCCGCUGUUUUACACCAUUAAUCUGAUUAUCCCAUGCGUGCUGAUCACGUCGCUGGCUAUCCUGGUGUUCUACCUGCCGUCAGAUUGCGGGGAGAAGAUGACGCUGUGUAUCUCAGUGCUGCUGGCGCUCACUGUGUUCCUGCUGCUGAUAUCAAAGAUAGUCCCACCCACCUCUCUCGCCGUGCCACUCAUAGGUAAAUACUUGAUGUUCACCAUGGUGCUGGUCACUUUCUCCACUGUGAGCAGCGUCUGUGUCCUCAAUGUGCACCACCGUUCGCCAUCCACCCACCACAUGCCUGACUGGGUCAAACGCCUCUUCUUAGUCCGCCUGCCCACCUUCCUCCUCAUGAGGCGUCCAGGCUCUUCCAAUGUCCGCGAUAAGCUCCGCCGGAAGUACGCCAACCGGAGCACGGUUGGGAAAAGCAAUUCCCAGAGUGGCGAAGAGAAGAAGCAGUACUCCAACAUCAGACUUGGUGGGAUCCGAACGGACACCGACUCUUUCUACGUGAAUGAGGACUUGGCACACAAGUUCUGCUGGAAGGUGGGCGACAUCCCAGAUGGGGGUGGUGGGUUUUCAGGUUUGCGGAGGCGUUUGGCUGUUCAGUGGGAUGCAGAUCUGGAGGAGGCAGUUGAUGGAGUGAGGUACAUCGCUGAACACAUGAAGACCGAAGACGUCGAUGAAGGGAUCAUAGAAGACUGGAAGUACGUAGCCAUGGUGAUAGACCGUCUGUUCCUGUGGAUCUUCAUCCUGGUGUGUGUGGUGGGAACUCUGGGGCUCUUCAUGCAGCCGCUGUUCCAAAGCUAUAACACACCCACUGCUGAUGACACAGAGUGAGUCACACUCUGAAACACAGAACAACACACCUCUUAACUUGGCCAAGACUGUCAUUUAAAUGUCAUUUA